GCCAGACGAAGGCUCCCGUCCUCCUCCUCCUCCUCCUCCUCAGCGUCCUGCUGGAUGUGGUGUCCAGCAGCCCCCGACCCAGGACGACGCUGGAGAAGGGGGGGCGGCUCUACCCCUUCGGGCUGGAGGCGGGCGACCGCCGCACCCCCCGCGAGGACGACGGCAUGAGCGGCCCCGUGACGCUGGCGGAGCCCUUCGUCUUCUACGGCCGCCCCCACCGCUCCCUCUACGUGAACAACAACGGCGUGGUGUCCUUCGGGGUGGGGGUGCCCGAGUUCACCCCCCACCCCUUCCCCCUGCCGGGCCACCGUCCCUUCGUGGCCCCGUACUGGGCCGACGUGGACACGCGCCGCGGCGGGGACGUCUUCUACCGCCAGACCCGCGACCCCGAGCUGCUGGCCCGGGUGGCCCAGGACCUGCUGCCCGCCGUGGGGCCCGAUGACCCCACGCCCCGACCCACCUGGGCCUUGGUGGCCACCUGGGACCGCGUGGCCUUCUUCGGGGCGGCCAGCAAGAAGGUGAACACCUUCCAGGCCGUGCUGGCCAUGGACGACGUCACGGCCUUCAUCAUCCUCAACUACGGUGACCUCCAAUGGACCACGGGCAUCUCCAAUGGGGGCGACCCCCACACCGGCCUGGGGGGCAUCCCGGCCCAGGUGGGCUUCAACAGCGGCGACGACACCCACUACUACAACGUGCCGGGCUCGCGGACGCCGGCGGUGCUGGCCGUGGGGCAGGGCUCCAACGUGGGGGUCCCCGGGCGCUGGGUCUUCCGCGUCGACACCUUCACGGCCACCGAGGCCACGCCGGGGGACACCGAGGGGACGACGACGGCCCCGGCCACCGCGGAGCCGCCCGAGGAGGAGGAGGAGGAGGAGCAGGACACCUACAUCUGCGAGUG